AUGAGCGGCCCGAAGGACCUGAAGCGCUGGCUCGACCUCCUCGGGCGGCGUCAGCGCAGCCUCCAGGCCCUCCAGAGGGGGGGGGAGGGGGCGUACAACCUGGCCGACUUCCCACGACCGCAGGCCUUUUUGAACGCCUUGCGUCAGGACACCGCCGCGAGGUCGCGGAUCCCCCUGGCCGACCUGUCGCUUUUCGGCACCUUGGCGGCGAACACGGGGAUCAGCGACGGGCUGCCCUCGAGCGUCCGGGUCGAGGGGUCGUCCAUCCACUUGCAAGGCGCGCUGCUGGACUCGAGUCUGCGGCUGCAGCCGGCGAACGCGAACUCGGAGUCCACCACGACGCUUUCAGGGGACCUCAUCAUUGGGUGGGGGACCGAGGGGGUGAUGAGCGAUCGGCUCAAAGAGCACGCCGUCGUCCCGUUGUACGUCGCGCCAGACCGACAAACUUUUCUACUUUCAUUGAGUAUACCGUCCAUCAGGGGAUCGGAUCCCAUGACCUUUUCCAUGAACGGGGUCGCGUGCUUCCUGAUGGAUAUGUAA